GGGCUUCGUCUACCGCUUCUCCGGUGAAAUCAGCACCAGCCCGGGCGACAUCGUCUCCGUCACCCAAGACGGCAAGGCGCUCGGCCUGUUCGUGCUUCGGCUCGACGGCAAGGUGGACAAGCACACCACGUUGGACGGCGAGCGCCCCCCUCCCGGCCUCCUCCAUCACUCGCCCUCCGGCGACGUGGCUCCCGGCGUCACGGUCACCUCGGAGGCCCUCGGCGGCGUCGUGUUCACGUCCAGCCUGUCGACCGGCCUCGCGCAGCUGUCGCUCAACGACGGCGAGGCCGGGUACCAGCAGGCUCAGGUCGAUAACUACGCGCGGGCCGUCGACGCGUUGCUCUACCGGCACGCCGUGACCACGGUCGAAAUUUCUACUUUCUUCUCCAAGACGAUCAGCAUCGGGCCGCUCGACAUCACGAUCGCGUUCGACACGGAGAAGCUGGAGGGCAGCGUGUCGGCCUCGGUGCUCGGGAUCUCGCUCGGUUCUGCCAAGAUCAGCCCGACCUCGCCCGUGGACCUGAGCAUCAACGUGUACCUGGCCAAGGCGAGCGUCAAGGUGUCGAUCCACGACAACGGUCUGUGGCUGGAGGCGCACGCGAGCACGAUCUUCGACGGGAGCGCGGACUACGGUCCAUCCGAGAUCAUCCACUUCUAGAUAGAGGAUUCGCGACGACUUCCCGGCCUCUGGCUGAGAGGU